AUGGCUUCCAUCUCACAACUCGGCAGCUCACUGAGACUGCUAUGCCAACAGACCUACGCCCUGGUUGGCUCCAGCAGCAGCAGCAAUGCUUCGCGCACUUUGAUGACCUCAGCCGUUGCUUCGGCAGCUGCAAAAAAGCCAGCACAGGUCAAGAAGAAGGCCGUGGUCAAGAAGAAAGCGGCACACUCGGGCCCACGAUCUACAGGUGGUCGUCGCAAAGGUGGUGCUGACUCAUCUGCCGGUCUCUCCAAGACCUCUGAGUUCCAUGUCGAUGCACCGGACAUGUCGCACCUCCCAUUCCUGCAUGCCGAGAGCCUCACAGCCAGCUCAGCUGGACAGACAUUCGCGUUCAGCGAGCAGACCCUCUCUGCCUUCAAGACGUUCGGGCUGCCGCAGGAGCUCGAGCGUGAGCUUGCAGCACAACCGAAACCUCGUUCGCUGGUGCGUACACAGACGCUGGAUUUGCUCGAUAAGCUCGACACUGCCUCCAAGGCCAACAAGGGAGCCAGCAUUGUGCUCGACGGAAGCAGGGGGAGCGGCAAGUCGACGUUGUUGGCACAAUCAAUUGCAUACGCAUUGGACGACGGAUGGGUGGUGAUCUCUGUCCCGCGCGCGAUCAACCUGAUCAACUCCUCUACCCUGUACACGUACAACGCGCAGCACAAGGCGUACCUCCAGCCCGAAGCCACCAAGCAGCUGCUCGAGGCCGUGCUCAAAGUCAACGGUGCUGCUGUCAAGCAGAUCAAGACUACAGAAGCAGUCGAGGUGGACGGCGCGAAGUUGGAGGCGGGUACAUCGCUCGAGGUGCUGCUCAAGCGAGGUGUGGACGAUGCUUCGUCGGCAGCGGCCAAGCAGACUCUGUUGGAAACCGUUUUCAAGACACUCUCGAGCCAGAAGGAACGCCCGGUUCUCGUUGCGGUCGACGACGCACAGGCACUCUUCCGCACAUCACUCUACAAGGACCCAGACUUUGUCAACCUGGAAUCGUUCGAGCUCGGUCUGCCACGUGCCCUGCUCUCGCUCCUCACCUCUUCCUCCAACACUGGCAUCGCCCGAGGUGCGUUCCUCGCGGCGCUCUCCACCACGCACACCGAGUUUCCCACUCCUGCAGACCUCCAAAUCGCGCUCUCGGAAAAAUCCUCGCCCGACGGAACCGCACACCUGAUGACGCAGGCCAUCAACGCAUACACCAAGCUCAACCCGCACCACCUCGAGCACGCCCGUCAGGUGGUCAAGCAGGCGGAUGUGGUCAACACGUCGCAGCCCUUGACCAAGACGGAAGCGGCUGCGAUCUUUGCGCAGUUGAAGGACGAGAGGCGACACUGGAGUGCGGUGAAUGACGAGCUCUUUUUGGAGAAGCUGGUCGAGACGAAUGGAAACGCGAGGCUGUUCAGCAAGAGUUUGGUCUCGACGCUUUUGUAG